AUCUUCACGGCAGGAGAAACGUCGAAAGAAAGGGGCGUGUUGGGUAAGCGAGUACGUGACGUCAUUGGCGCAAAGCCACACGCGCAUGCCAUCGGGUUAGAUGCAGUUGUGGAUGGAUUCGAACGCAUACGCGUUGUUCUUUUCUGUCUGGUGUUCGACCUUACAGUUUCGAGCCAGAGUCCGGACCUACGGAGCGUGACAUCAACGCAGUCGAAUACAUUGACGGCCAUGACAGCAGACAGAUCACCGGUGAAGAUCUGUCUGAUGACAACAAAAAAUCGAGUUGGGAACACUGCUUGGUGCAGUUGCAACAGGUGUUCUGUAAUGCCUAGUAGCUGAGUGCUUGUGCUGCCAGGAAGUGGACGAACUAGGGUAUAGGGUGGAAGCUUCAGGAUCUGAUCUGUAAUUAUUACGCAGCAUGAGACCUUCCUUGCUGUGUGUCUCAAUGAAGACCUUCUUCGAACAGCUGUAGUCUUAAUGACCGAUUGGCGACGGGAUCCCAUCAGAGAGCCACUAACUUCCAGGCGAGUAGCACCUAGACGAACUUGGACAGGCUUGCCUAUGUAAAAUUUUCACGCAGGCUGCUGCGACUAACUGUGUACAGGUAAUUUACUUGCUGGGUGCACGAGAGGCUGGGCAAGGGUAUCAGACGUGUCAUUCCAGCAUGCGUUGUAGGACUCAAAGUGAUCCGAACAAACGCGGCUGUUUGUUUUAGAUAGGCGGAUCCACCAGACGUAACUUUGCUAGCCAUGAUUCUAGCAAAUCUGGCUUCUUGAGAGGAAGCCUGAAGAAGCUGACACCUCUGGCGAUGUCGCUGCUGUUGUGGCUACAGCCAAAAGCAAUCCAGUGGACCAUUUCACGUCGAAUAAGCCAGGUAGAUAGCACGCCUCGUACACCACACGUGGAGGGCAUGCACCAACUGCGUCAUCAACCACGCCUACGCUAACACGCCCUCUUGCGGUGCUUUUCCUACGUUACAGAAGCAAUGGAGGGAACUCAAAGUUUUCGAGUGCAGCCAAGAUAAAAAAAACUUGUAUCUGACCCCAACUUGAAAAUCGUGAGAGUUCUUUAAUUAUUAAUUAACAUUAUUUUUAUACAUUUUAUAAAAUUUUCGUAUGGUUUUAAAGCUGUGUUUUCACUGUCGCUUCUGCAGCUAUGAGCCUUGAAAGUCCUGAACACCACGUACGGUAGGAGGAGUAAUUGUCGCGAAGAAUUACGAAUAUACACGCUAUUUUCUUUCUAGACGUGCUACUUGUAAAUGUAUUUAAAUCCUACAUAGCGACUGUCGUUUCGCGUGACCGCAUAGUCUGUAAAUAGUCCGUAGCCGUAAGUAGAGUCAUCAUAUACGGGACAUAAAAUCUCUCCUUUUUGUAUUGGUAGAUUCCCGUAUAAAUAUCGUAAAACCAAGAAAGAGCUUGAUUAUGGGUCAGCAGUUGCAGACAGGUGAGUUCUGUUGUUUAUUUGCGACAGGCCCUAGCAAUCGCAAACAUGAAUUACACUGUUCCGGUAAUAAAACUCAGCGCCAGAUCCAGGAAUUAUUGAAAGAGGGAGUUCACCGUUAGCAGUUAUUUAUAGCAUUAUCAAUUUUCUUUUCUCUAAUAAAAUUGUAUAAAAUUAUUGAACCACGCCUAUUAGAAAAGAGGGAGUUUCAACCCCUAAAUUCCCUCUGGAUCCGGCCCUGAAACUCCCUUAAGCAUAUUGUGUCUAAUGAAAGAUGGGGACCAUUUGCAGCAGAAACUGCAAUGGGAAAGUACAGUCCAGAGAUGAAAAAGCAAGUAAAAGCUAUAGUACAAGUAUGUCCAAGUGUAAAGGAAGGUAUUCCUCUCUGUGAUGUUGUUUCACCAGAAGGUGGAACUCUAGUGGACCAAAUGGAUCUCCAACAGAUAGCAGCAGAUAUAGGAAAGUGGUGUCCUAAACUAACAAGUAUUAUUGGUACUGACCAGUCCACAGUGUUGGAGAUGCGUGUAAGUGGUUCUGACCCCAGGUUUUCCCAAGCGGCAGCAUCUCGUUUAUUAAGUGAGUGGCAAAAAUUAAGAAAUAACCGAUUGCAAGUAUGUGAAUUGUAUGAUGCUCUACUCGUUGCUGACAUUCCAUCUUUACCACAAAGGCAUUUGAGUGAUGUCAUGUCACCCGAUGCAGCAUCUGGAUUAGCAAAAUCUAAAGAGACAGCCGCACGUGGUGAGACAAGUCGAGCCGAUUCUGAGAUGGUCUCUCCACUCAUCAUAGAGAAAGUAGCCGAAAAUGGUUCAGAGCGUUAGCAUGAAAUUGGUAUAUACCUUGGAGUUUCACAAGCAAUGCUGACUGAAUGUAAACGACCACAGUACACGUUGAAAGAAAAACUGAAUUUAAUUUUGUCAGCUUUGAUAAAUGAAAACAGACAGGCUACAGUUAGUCAGUUGUUAUCUGCUUGUGAUAAAGCUAAAGUGGGAGGAGCAGUGAGAAGAGUAUUGGACAGUGAUAUACAACACUAAAUAUUUUAUUUAUUAUAAAAGUAGCUUUUUGUUUAAUGAACGUGAUAUCAUACAAUAACUUGAUGUUUGAAUAGAUUUGUAUUGAAUAA